AUGGCUAAUGAACUGCAGAAAAAAAUUUUGAAUGCUGUUCCUGAGGCGGUUGUGAGAGGAGCUGUUGGAAGAGAAUCUUCAUUUGAAAUCAUAAUAAAUGAUGAAGAAGUUUUUUCAAAGUUGAAAGUGGGUAAAUUUCCAAAUUUUGAUGAGGUUGUUGAUGUAGUGAAAGCUGUUCAUGAAGGAAAAGAAGUGAGAGAAGUGAUUGGAACAGAAAGCUGUGUUAUAAUGUGAAUUGAAGUUAACAUCUUGUGUUUUGACUGUUGACGUAUUACAAUCAUUUAUCAUCAGAAAUAUAUGAUAUUUCUUCUGCAAGGUUUUCCCGGAAGAAAUGGAACAAUGUUCUGUUAUAAUGUUUUGUAAUAAUGAUACCAGUCAAGCAUCAAAAAUUGAAUUCUUAAUUAUUUAAUAAAUUGAAUUGUUGGAUGUAUCAUAAAUGCUUGAAAUAUUAUUUCUGAUUAAAAAAAAAUCUACAAUGCUUAAUUAUGAACCUUUUGUCCAGUAUUAUAAGUAUUCAUUAAGUUUAUUUUUUAUACUUUUGACUGUGAUUGAAUAAUAUUCUAUAUACUUACUCCGAAGCUGAAUCUAAAUAGCUUCAUCUCAUUUUUAAAUAAUGGCUUUUGUUCAAAAUACGAAGUAUUUUAUUUAUUAUCAUUGUUAAUUAUUUUUCAGUUUUGCCUGGGAUUAGUGAUGUUAAAUUCGCUCACUUUGCAAGCUGUCAGUUUAAAUGCUUUGUAUCUUAUCUCAUAUUUUCAAUAAAUUGCAGCUAAUGAUGUAAAAAA